AUGGAUGAGAGCCAAGGUGUUAUAGGAAAUCGUAAAAAAGUCCACAAUGAGGUUAGGGUUGAAGCAUUAGUUAUCAAGGAAACAGAUUUUGAUGCGGUUGCUACUUCUCAGAAUCUUGAUCCUAAAGAAGCUGAAAAUCUUAAGUUUGACCAAGAACGCUCUAUCCCAGAUACUAUGGCACUUAAACGUUUUUAUAUUCCACCUGAACCUCAGAAACAUUUCUUGCGGUUAUCUCACUUUCGAAAGCAAGGCUAUAAUGAGGAAAAUGCAAUGAAAGAGUUAAAGGCCAAAGAUAUUGCACAAUGGGAAGAUACCUAUUAUAAAACUGGAUAUAAUUUUGAGAAAUCAGUAGCGGAGGACUUGCACAAAUCAUAUUCAGCUAAUCAUUGGAAAUCUCGUGCUAAGGUAACAUCGGAUCUUAAUUCAGCUAUAAGGGUAAUUAAUGCAAUUGCUGGAAAUUGGUGUGGCUAUACUGUAAAGAUAAAUAGGAAAAAAAUAGGGUCUAAAGAAAAACAGGUUUGGGAACGUUCAUAUCAAAUUAAUCAGCAACCAUAUAAUGGUCUUGGUUUUAGAGAUAAAGGGGCUCCAGAACUUUCACCAUAUAGGUCAAAAACAGAUAACGAUAUUCAGGAACUCUUUGAUUCUAUAGGGCAGGACAAAUAAUACUUUAGUCCAAAUCAUUAUUCAGCUAAGUCUUGACCAUAUUAGAUUCUGUUUUAGUUUUUUUAAUUUUGCGCUAGGCACAGUCAUAAAUUCCGCUAUGUGAACUACAGAUUCCAGUAUCAGAAUAGGUUCCCUUUUACAAAUAGGGCAUAUUAUUCUAAGAAGGGUAUUAUAAUGUCUGGCACAUCUUAAAUCACUC